CUUAAUCCUUCCCCUUCUCUUUCUCUCGCCUCCAGCUCCAGCUGGCUAUCACACCCUCGUUCCCACCUUCGUCCCACCUUCGUCCCUCAUUUCUUCCUUCAUCAUGACCCGCGCACUCCUUCUGGCUCUGGCCCUGGCCCUGGCCUCCGUCGGCCUCGUCUCCGCCCAGACCUCCGUCGUCUCCAUGUUCAUCUACGAUGCCGAUCCACAGCCGCUGGACGCCUCCAUCAUCGGGAACGAUGCCACCGCCACCACCUACAGCGUCAACUGCCCCCCCGGCACCGACAGCGAUGACUGCGGCAUGGGCCCCGGCAUGACCGUCAUCACCGGCCCCCAGACCACCAUGAUUCUCGACAGCCCCGACGAGGAUUUCUACUACACCUGCGUCUGCUCCCUGGACGGGACCACCUACGCCGUCUGCGCCGAGACCGCCAGCGGCGACGGCGCCAACUUCCCCGGCACCUCCACCACCACCCUCGACGCCGACUUGGAGCUGAUGCCCGUCACCGUCACCGCCGGUUCCGCCACCGGCGUCGCGGCCACCACCGCCCACGCCACCGCCGAUGCGCCGACGGCCAGCAGCACGGACAACCAGACCCAGACCCCCGCCGUCUCCACGGGCACGGGCACGGGCACGGCCACGGCUGCCUCCGCGUCCGGUGCCUCCAGCGCGGAUGCCUCCACGGCAGGCGCAUCCGCCACCAGCAGUGGUCGGGGAUCGCUGGCCACCGGGGAUGCUGCCCGGGUGCUGGGAGGCGCUGCCGCCGCCGCCGCCGCCCUGGUCGCUGCCGUUCUGUAACCGGUCCCUGGCGCAGUGUCAUCUGUCUUGUGCGUAGAAGCACCACUUACGUAUAUAAUAAGAGAAGCAUUCGGACUGGGAUUCGUGCAG